ACAAGAUUCAAACUGAAGACUCAGUUAUAAAUAGCUAAACUAUUCAAGAUUUUAACUCAAAUGUAAUCAAACUGUAUCACGUUAGCUAUUUGUUUAACUCUUCGACUUUAUUGGUUCCUACCUCUACUCUUCUAUUUCGUCUACUCUACUCAGCAUAUGUUCUUGUAUCAGCUCACGUUAUCCACUAGGCGGCGUCAAAUUAACAAAAACACUACUCUCCUUUUUAUUCUUAAAGUUAUAUAUAUUAAAGAAAUUAGUGGGUGGGUAGGGGAAGUGAAGCUACUACAAUGAGUUCGUUCUAUGCGUUUUACUUGAUAGUAUCCAUAACUGAGAAACGAAAUCUCUAAAUAAUGAUGUUAACUUAAAUUAGCAAUGUGACCAGAAAGGUGAGAGUCUUGAACGUACACCCGUCUGCACUCAAGGAAGGGUCGGAACCUUGUUCCGCUGCUUAUGCUGUUUACCACCCGGACAAAGGAUAGUUGCAACAGCAAUGCUAGAAGAGGAAGAUUUCCGGGCCUCCGCUACAUCACCCUCAGCUCAGCGCCUCCAGAAGAAGAAGAGGAGGUCCAGGAGUGUGAAGAAGACGAAGAGGAGGCAGGAGCUGGAUGAAGACGGCUUCGUUCACCCUCUGAGCCGGCUGUGUCUCCUCAGCCUGGCCGACAACAUGAAGGCUGUGUGGGUGAAGGACUACGAAGAGAACUAUCUGGACCGCUACCACUUCACGUACAUCAUGGGCCCCUUCGAUAGCCUGCCGGGGGGGCUGGUGGAGGAGCUGACCGCCCUGCUGUGCUCCAGGAAGCAGCUGUCCCGCGCGGCGCUGCACCUCCUGGUGGUGCCCCAGCUGCGAGGCCUGUCCCUGGCCGCGUGUCCGGGCCUGGUCACCCCCCGCGUCUGCUCCAUCAUCGCGGCGCGCUGCCAGCACAUGUCGCGUCUGGACCUGUCUGGGGCUCAGCAGGCCUCCCCCCUGGCUCAGGGAGACAUGCUCCGCUCCAUGCCCAGCCUGCGCUCCCUCUCCCUGGCCGGGACCCCCUGUGACCGGGGGGUCAUCCGGACCAUCGCCCGGCACUGCCGGGCACUGCGCCACCUCGAUGUAUCCCACUGUCACCUCCUUUCUCCCGCUGAUCUUCUGCCUCUGGGAGGCGGGGCUUCCCUCGACGGUGCGGCGCGUUGUACCGAUUCAUUGGCUGGUCGCGACGCGUCCACGCGUCACCGCGGCGAUUCCCCGUCCUCCGCCGUCACCCGUUGUCGCCACUCCUCUCCAUCCUCCUCCUCGUGCUCCUCGUGCUGCUCCUCCUCCUCCUCCUUCUGUGCGCUGCCUCUGAGAUCCCUGCUGGCGACGGAUAUCGGCUUAGGGGAGGAGGAGGGGGAGCCGGCGGCGACGACUGCCUACCUCCUGCUCAGCCUGCCUCUCCUGGAGAGCGUGGCCCUGGAGGGGCUGGACUGGGCCCUCGGGGCCAUUCACCGCCGGGAGUUUGACCCCGCUGAGGGGCUCACACGCAGGGAGGGGGUGCCACGGCUCGAGGAGGUGUGGAGGCAGAGGCAGAAGAAGCACUGGACAGACCGGAAAAAUGAGAGCGAGGAGGCCGGAGCAGAGGGGAGCCGAGAAGAAGAGAGCUGGGAGGUGCACGGGACCCAGAGCCCGGACGGAGAUGAAGGUGAGGCUUCUGGCGGAGACGAGGAGCCGGAUCUCCUUGCGGAAGAAGAGGUGGGCGCGGGGGGCAUCGGGGAGCAGGACAUGCUAAGGGGUGCGAUGGUAGUGGGGCCGGGCGAUGACAGUCUGACCCUGCGUCUUAGGGAGAUCCAAGCGAUGUCGCCAGCCUCCCUGGAGGUUGCAUUUCGGCUGUGUCCACACAUCCAGUCCUUAGCUGUGACCGUUGACUCGGCGGAGGGUACCGGAGGUAGGAGGGACCAUGGGUGGACGUGGGCCACCAGGCUGGGGAACUGGUCGGGUGAGCUGCGUAGCUUGACCCUUCGUCACACGGGGCCCCUGGGUGAUCUCCUUACCCCCCUACGAGAAAUGGGCUCCACUCUGGUUUCUCUCACCCUGGAAGGGGUCAGAACCAGCCCGCACUGCCCUCUACUGGAGGUCUUGCAGGCCUGCCCCAGACUGAAGGCGCUGGUGGUGUCCGCCCAGCCCCCUACCAGCCCACCGUACGAGGACGAAGAGGAGGAGGAGGAGGAGUUGGGGGGUGCCCGCGAUCUGCUGAGUCUGCCUCACCUCUGCUCCCUCACGCUUAGUUUUGACUUCGAGCAACCGACAAAGCCUGCAAUGUCCUGGAGGGCCCUGCAGAGGGUGCUGUUGAGCCUUCUGUGGGGCUCUCCCCUGCUGGAGAGGCUAUCUCUCACCGCGCUGCCAUGUCACCUGAACACCGUGCUCCGUCACAUCAUCUCCAGCCAGACCUGGAGCCUGCACUGCCACCAGCACCUCCAGCCUGGGGUGGUCGCCGCGUCCACACCGCCCUCCACGCCACUCGGACGCGUCACACAUCUUGGCCUGGCCCGGAGCGACGUAACCAUGGCGACGGUGAUGCGCCUGGUGGAGGGAUGCAGAACCAUGAAGUCGGUGGACCUCUCUUGCUGUUGGGAGGUCAGCCGCCAGGAUGUGUUGAAUAGCUUGUUGAAGUGCCCCCGUGUCACGUUUGACUGGCUGUAACAGAUGAUUCAGCAACAGGUUCAGACACUAAGGGAGGAAUCGCACCGGUAUGAAUUGUCCUCUUUUAAUUAGUUUUACUGGUUUGUUGACUUAAAUCAUGUUAGGCAUGCGUAAGUCCUGCAAACAGAUGAAAUUUAAAUCCGUUGCCCAAUUGAUUCAGGUCAGGACAAAAUACAUUCUCCUGCUAAUUACACUGAGGUCAUUAACAGUAACAAAUGGCCGAGGUUAACACUUUGCAGACCACUACGUUCAACAACACACGAUGUACGCCCAGAACUUGUAUUGUGGUAUUGUAGAAAUAUUGUUUGUGAAAGAGUUCACAAUAAAUCUAUUCACCUCACCCCUUAUACUCUAAUACAGUCAUGAAGAUUGUUUAAUGAACUCUUUGUCUUCUGCCUUGUGAUAAUCAUGCCCAUACUAGGGUAACAACCCCUCUAAUCCAUUAGUCAUCAUGGGUGACUUCCUGUGUGACAUUUCCUCUCUGCCUAAAGGCAAGAAACUUUUAUCACACCUAGACAAGUAAAAAAAAUAGAAUCAAUCUAAUGGAGUUUAGUAAAGUAAAUUAAUUGUAUAUAAAUCCCUAUAACUUUUUCUCGGCUGUUUUUUUCUAGGUCAUGUAUGACACGGUGUAUGCGUCAGUGUGUGUGUCCCGGUAGCUAGCGUGCUAGCCGGUGUGAGUCGUCAUUGUGGAGGCUUCAGCUCAGACUGGUCUGAUCUGGUUCGACUCCGGGAUAAUGACGACACAGAGGGUCACCCCUCCCUGUUCUCAGUCUCUUUCUGGCUGUUGCUGAGCUACGCUUUUUUCACCCUCUACCGGUUCUCAGCUCUCCUUCUCUCUCACACACAGUACUCUCACCCUGGCCUUUUCACUCUCUUAAGCCUUCUCUUUAAGAUCCCCACCUUUGGUGUGUACCUGUUUUAUUCUUUGUUGUACUGGACGGAAAAGCACACACAAACACUUUGUUGAACUUGAUUAACCAGGCCACAUUUUCUGUUUAAUGCUCAUUAUGGUUCGACAACCAUUUGUUGUGUGCUUCUGGGAAUUUCCCUUCAGUGUGAUGAGCCUGUCCUAAAACAUUCAGGAACCUCAUCUCUUCUCACAAACUCGGACAGCAAUAGCUUGUGUAUUCUUAAAUCUGGAAGGAUAUAUCAGGGAAGCUCCAGAAUAUUCUAGAAAAAUCUGGAAACCAGAGGGACGGUUCUUCUCAUUCUUUUCCGUCGCCGAACAGGAAAUCCAAACACAUGAUCAAGCGGCAGACUUGUUUCUAAAGAACAGUAAAGAUGGUGGAUGAUCCUAUCCAUUAUACCGACCAAAGCUCCCCCAUCUCUCCGAGAGCCCUGCCACUAUGGCAUUCAGUCACAGUCAACAUGGUUGGGCUCAGACAGAAAACAUCUGGACUUUUAGCUCCUUCGUUAAUUUAGCGGGUAACGAAGAAGAGAUGUAAAAAAGUAGACAAGAUUUCCUUAAUAUUUGAAUAAGUCGGAUUCCGAGACAUAUGUUUCACCCGUUGUCUGGGCCUGUACUUUGUCAGUCGGAGGUCUGCAGCGGCCCACCUCAGCUGUUGGGAACAGCUGUCGACGUGACGCCAUCUGCCCACCAGGAAUUUCGACAUGCAUAAGGUCUACCAAAACAUAAAGGGUGCUUUCUGUACACAUGGCACCCCCAACACACCCUGCAGAAGUAGUAGCACUGUGGGUCACAAAGAAGCAGACUCAGACGGGAGUACAACGCAGAGUAUGGUUUAAGGCUGCCUUCGUCUAGGAAAUCAAAGGUCACUUGAAUACAUUUUCAACACAAAAGCCUGUGUUGACCAAUAUGGCGAUUAAGUAUUCUGACUAGGGAGCUAUUCUGAUAUGAGGCGCAGCACUAGCAAAAAAUAAAGAUGUUAAUUCGGAAAACCGCCUGAUACAAUGAGGGUUCACACCAUUGAGAAAUGAGUUAGCCGUAAACGUAUAAAAGUUAGAACAUGACCAGGCCAUGUAAUGUCUCUCUGUACAUAGUUUUAUUUACAUGAUACAAUUCUGUCGUAAUGCUGGAUAGCAAGAUUAUAUGUAAUACAUAAAUAUCAACACAGUUUGUUGUUUUCUUUUUGUACAAAUUUGCAUAUAACUAAGAAUCAUGAAGGGAAAACUCAAACGGAUACAAACGUAUUUUGAUGAAAAUUUUAAAUAAGAAACCUCACAUCCUGACGAUGAAUAAAAUGGGAUGAACACAAAGUCACAAACGUACCCAUGUUUCAAUGUAUCAGGCAGCCAUGACAAAUAAACUUACACACACACACACACACACACACACACACACACACACACACACACACACACACACACACACACACACACACACACACACACACACACACACACA